UGAGGCCGCCUCUAUCGCCAGUGCACUCAGGGCCCCUUGCCAUUAGGUGGAGCGGGCCAAAAUGCACCGCAGAGCAUGCCACACACGUCCUUGCUGCGUACCGGGCGUCACUGGCUACAGUACGGGCCGAGUAGAUUGUAUGGGAGCCGUACACGCAUACGCUAGGCUCCCUACCUGCGUAUUGCACUGCUGGGCAGCAUAUUUAGAGGGCCGAGGUGCCGUUGAUAUUCUUUUGGAUAGUGGAGUGGCAUCAUCCUGAGCGAGUCCUCCGUCAGUUUGGGAUGAAGCAACCAGUUCCAAGUGUCGUGGAUACGUCGACUACCCUUCACAAGAUAUCCCUUCAGGGUAAAUGGGAGAAGAACUGGGAGGUAGAACAUGAUCCCUUUAUUCGGCAAUGGGCCAACCGAGUGAAUGUAGUUCGCGGGUCCGAUCUCCUAGACGAUGAUGAUACGUAUCUCGUUGAGUACAUGAUGUGGUACAAUCGCCACACAAGGCGGUACAUAACACCAGAGUCUACGUAUUGGGAACUCAUGGUUCGGACGAUGAUUAGGUCUAUACAGAGGUGCGAUGAAGGUUCUGACAUGCACACUGACCUUACAUUUACACUAGAGCUUAUGGAGGAGCUAGGCCGACUUAAAUUGGCGAAUGCGCUUGCAGAAGCAGUUGACAUUGAUACACAGGCCCCAGUUCGUGGCGGGCAACGUGGUGGGUCUCGUGGGGGUGGACAUCGUGGAGGUGGUCAAGCUGGUCGCAGCCGUACGACCGAGUCGGCUCCCAUCUACGAGGAAGGGAAUGAGGAGGGUGUAGAAGAGGCAUGGCUUGGCACUGAUUGGGUACUGUCUGAUGACGACGGCAGGACACCGCGAUGCACGCCUGGCGAUGGUGCUGGGCCAUCCCAUAGCGUCGAUCAUCAGGGCACUGUUCCAGCCCACACUACAUCCCAUGGUGCUAGCACGGACUUUGAGGGCCCUCCUCGUAUGUCGCCCCCAGUUUUCAGUGGAUCUGCCCAUGAUGGUGGAUGCAUAUUUGUCCCCACACCAGGCAUGCCCACCCCACCUCUAGUGCAUGUGGACCCCACCAUGUCAGCUCCAUCUCAAACCGCCCACGGAGAGGCUGUACAGAUUGAGCAGAUACCGGCUGAGGACAUUGAGCCGGUGGAGGCUUUGCGGAGAUCGUGACGCCCGCGUGCGCAUGCUCCCGAUUGCGGGACCGGUGAUGGUAAGAUUAGACCUGUCAGGGCAUAUGGGCGGAAACGAAAAGAUCAUUAAAUGCCUUAGUACCUAACUGCAAUGGUGGACACGAAAAGGCCAUUGAGCUGGAUUGUCCUUGUGUGCUUAUUCUUCAUGUGUAUAGGUGACUGGAAUAAGCAUGCAAAAUGUUCUACUAAUUGGGGAGAAUCUUGGUGGCUGUGCAUCUAUUUCUGGAUCAUUGCUUGGGGAGAAUACUGGCUGUCAAUGUGUUUGUUGUCAAGAAAUUGAUAUUUUGGAGAAAACCCAUAAGGUGUAUUGUAUUUAUUGAUGUAUUAGGAAGUUUUUCUGCACUUGGAGUUUUGAUUGCAAUUUGACAAAUGUCUGGAUUGGUAUUCAUUUGAAGCCAAACUUUCUUGUGUUUUUGUAUGUUGUUAGCUACAGUAAAGUGGGUUGUAAGAGAGUAAUUUGUUUUUUUA